UGUUCCUUUCGUCUCAUAAAAUGUCUUCUACAAGCAACAACGCCAUAACCUCUAACCCUGGCUUCGGUCUAGAGGCCUGUCUGUUACCAAACACUAUCGAAUUCCCCACCCCUAAAUUCUCUUUGCCGCCAAUAUUUGCACUGGAUAUCUCUGUUCCUCACUUUGCUUUGCGACGUCGAAACGCAAUAGUAGAAGCCGUUUUGGAGACACCACUUGUCUUCUAA